AUGUUAUCCCGUAUUUCUCGCUCCUUUGCCACCAAUCAGACUUUGCUUCGAUCCGCCACAACUAGCCGAUGCUGGGCUUCCACAUUGGUCCUGUCCGAGCCCUUGAACGAGAGCAUCACUCCCGCGCAAACCCAAAGUACCGUCACUGCCGCUCGGUCCUUUGGACAAGACAUUGAAUUGCUGGUGGUUGGCAACGACGCUCCUACCGAAAUUCCAGAGGGCGUCACCAAGGUCUAUCAUGUGGCAUUAGGAGACAGGUUGGCCGAGAGUGUGGCGUUGGCCAUUGAGAGUGUGGCGACGGCCAAUGACUGCAGUGUAGUAUUGGGAGCAUCCACCAAGUUUGGAUCCACUGUCAUUCCGAGAGCUGCUGCUUUGCUAGAUGUCAGUCCCAUUACGGACAUUCUUGAAAUUCAAGAUGAAAGUGAGUCACCUACCACUACUAUCCUAUCGUGUGAACUUGUUGGGCAAGAGGAUUUGAUUUCUACGCAGGACUUUAUACCUCACACAUAUUUCUUUGUUCGUAUCAACUUCGAAAAAUCAACGUAUGCAUCAUCAGACACCUUUGUUCGUCCCAUGUACGCUGGAAAUGUCUUGUGCAAGGUGGCCAUUAAGGAUCCUACCAAACGCAAAGUCUUGUCCGUGCGACCCACUUCCUUUGACAAGGCACCCUUGACGGCGGUCGGUGAGGUUGUGAGUGUCGAAGUGGAACCAUUCACAAAAGCGGAAUGGGUGUCCGAAUCGGUCAGCAAAUCGGAUCGACCCGACUUGCAAUCGGCGUCGACCGUGGUCAGUGGAGGACGGGGAAUCAAGAGCGGCGACAACUUUAUUAUUUUGGAAAAGUUGGCCGACAAGCUCAAUGCCGCCGUGGGGGCAUCCAGGGCGGCCGUCGAUGCAGGAUUCUGUCCUAAUGAUUGGCAAGUUGGACAAACUGGCAAGGUGGUCGCUCCCGACUUGUACAUUGCAGCUGGGAUCUCGGGGGCCAUUCAACAUCUUAGUGGUAUGAAGGAUAGCAAGUGCAUUGUUGCCAUUAAUACGGAUGCAGAGGCACCCAUCUUCCAAGUGGCGGAUUAUGGUCUAAACCAAGAUUUGUUUGAGGCAGUGCCAGAAUUGACCGACAAGCUAUAA